UGGAAUAGUCUCUCAGUCGACGCUAUUUCGAUUGUCUUUUAACCACGACGUUGACGUUGUAAAUGCCCAGUGUGCAAGAUAUCUUCGGAGCAUCGGGAUAGAGGGUCAUCGGAAAUCGACUCCUGCAGACCACGUUCUAAGAAUGAAGACCCUCUGUGUUAUUAUACUCAUUUCCCUUGCCUUUACUUGGACAGUACACGGGAAAUUAAGGAAGAGAUGCUACUCCUACUGUAUGUGUCAAGCUCCUCGAAUGCAAUGUCGUGGCAAAAAGGCCGGAAUUCCAAAAGCAUUUCCAAACAUAACAAGGGUUGAACUUGCUCGUAUAGACCUCGGCUACAUCACAAGGAACAUGAUGGCUAACCUAACAUACUGCCACCUCACAUCCCUUACAAUGGACAGAAAUAGCAUCACUGGAAUAGCACCUGAUGCAUUUGAGGACCUAUCCUUUCUCCAGUCGCUGAAAUGGCAACAGCCACGUUUCCUUCUUAAAGGCAUUAUAUCAGCGCUGCAGAACGUCCACAGUCACCUCCAGAGUGUCACACUCUAUGCUGAUGGUGGAACCGACAAGACUCUUAAUGCUGAUGUGUUCAAACAUCUUACAUCACUUCGAAGUAUGACGCUUUUUGUGGGGGGAAUAGAAGUUUUCAAUGCUUCUGCUUUAUCACAGGUACAAAACUUGUCACGUUUAGAACUAUCCGAACAUAAUCUAUAUUCUUUUAUCGUGGAAACCCCGUUGCCCAAUCUAAAACUGUUGGUUCUAAAAGGGAAUAAUCUGGUUGAAAUUCCUUCCUUAUGUGUAGACGGAGGUGUGCCUUUAACGCCUCGGUUAAUAAGGUUAGAUAUCCGGAAAAAUGGCAUCAGAAGUUUGGAUACGUCCCCUCUCAGCUGCCUGCCCAAUCUGCUGAAGCUAUUGCUUUCAAACAAUAGAAUUGAAGCUUUGCCCAACAACGCCUUUGCAAAUCUGCCCAAAUUACAGAGUUUACACAUUUCCAACCUCUUGUCUUUGAAAUCAGUGGGAGACAGUGUAUUCAAUUCCACAAGCUUGCAUAACAUUUACUAUUUCAACAACCCACCAUUUACACAUGCUCGUACUAUUCAGGGAACGUUUUUCAAAUUCACACCCAAUCUCCGUGUUCUCAACCUAGGGGGGACCAAUUUACAGUUAUAUGGAGACAAGUUGAGAUUGUUUCUUCAAAACCUAAGAAAUAUUGAGAAACUUCUGAUGCACUCCACGGGACUCAGUGAAUUACCCUCAGGUGUGUUUUCUCAAUUGAAGAAACUACGAGAGUUAAACUUACUGGGGAAUAACUUCCCCAACCUCACCAGUGGUGUGUUUUCGAAUGCUACAAGUAUACAAAAGCUCACCCUGACCUCGUGUAAUAUAAAAAUGAUUAAGGAGGACACCUUUCCUCUCAACUUUCGGCUCAGCGUAAAGGAGAUCGGACUGGCUACCAACCACUUCACUUGCACUUGUGACCUUCUGUGGUUCAGGAACUGGAUGAAGGAGGUUAUUGCCAAUAAAAGCGUCAAAUUUUCCAAUUAUCCGGAUGGAUACGUGUGCGCGUAUCCUGACGGAAAACGCAUCAGACUUGCUAAUUAUAAUCCUACUGAACAAUCGUGCGCUGUGGUAAAGUUGUACCCUGUUAUUCUGACCAUAGCGCUGUCUGUGUGUUUGGUAUUCACCGUCACUGCACUGGUGGUUUAUCGGUAUCGCUGGCACCUCCUAUACUGGAUUUCUCUGCUGCGACCAAGACGGAGACGUCAACAACGACGUCCUCCAGAAGACAUGAAAUACGACGCCUUCGUCUCCUAUAGCAACCCCGACGGAGACUGGGUCUACGACGAGCUUCUGAACUUCCUUGAGGGCGAGGUUGGGCUGCGACUGUGUGAACACAGCAGAGACUUCGCCGCCGGUAGAUUCAUCAUAGACAACGUGUUUGACGCCAUGGAGACCAGCAGAAAGACCAUCCUCGUCAUCUCUAACGAGUACAUGAAAAGCGACUGGUGCCAGUUUGAGCUUCAGGUGGCUCUCAGCUCCCAUCUGAAGAAUGAUAUAGAAAUUGCCGUUAUUCUUCUCGAGCAGAUUCAGCCAUGUCACGUAACAUCGACACUACGUGCUCUGAUGAUAUCAACAACGUACAUCGAAUGGAAAGAUGAGGAAGAGGCCAGAGCUCUGUUUAGACAGAGAAUCAAAAACACCAUUGCCCAAUAACUGUUGAUACAUACCUAUAUGGCCAUUUUGCCAUGGAGUGAUUUACACAUAGCCUGAAAACCCAAAGAUACAACUGACUUGAUGUAUUCAAUAAGAUACUGAUCUACUCAAAGACAAAACUGGCUUGAUACUGAUCUACCCAAAGACAAACCUGACUUGAUGUAGUGAGUAAGGCAGUGAUAUGGGCCCAAUACAUAAAGCGUGCGAAGGGCUACGACAGUCCAUGUUAAGCUAUGCUCGUAGUAUGAAACAUAUCUCGUAGUUCGUGGUCGUCGAACGAAGCAUUACAAACUGCCCUGUCAUAACAAGCCUUGAAUCCUGUUUUGAAAGGUAAAAGUGCGGUUGAUUCAUGUUAAGGUAGCUUGUAAACAAUUCAAAUCAAAUCCCUUGUGUCUACAAAUGCAAACACUUCCAUUCCUUUCAAUUUUAAGUGAAAUUAAACAAUAAAUUUCUCUUUGGGUAAAAAACGAUUCUUUCACAAAGACCAAGGUAGCAAUCGUUUUAUCAAUGGUGUCAAAAACGACUUGGGAUACAUUCCGUUAUCUAUGUGUACGAGUUCCGCAGCUUGCAGUUGCUUUGAGGGGAUUCUUUGAUUGACAGUAACUUUAUUGGUCAUGAUGGUGAUAUGUAUAGGAUAAAACACGU